AUGCCACGCAAGAACGCAAGCCUCUCCAAGCGCCGCUCCAAACCGAACCUCAAACUUGCGACCGGGUCGAAUGGACAGGCGAAUGGCAAGAUGAAUAACAACAUUGAAAUGCGCAGCAGGGACACCCCCUCCGCGGAAUCAUCAGCGGAACGGACAGCCCAACUCAUGUCUCGUCCCAGCUUCUCUCUGGAUAACGAACCACCUUUCGCCCCGCAAACCCCCGUCCAAACCACGACCACCUUCCAUAAUCUACCACGCAGUGAUCGCCGCAAUUUCAUCCUGCUGGUCCUACUAUACUUCCUCCAAGGAAUCCCCAUGGGCCUGGCCACGGGCUCGGUGCCCUUCCUUCUCAAGCCCUAUCUCUCCUAUGGCCAGAUCGGAGUCUUCUCACUCGCCUCAUAUCCAUACUCGCUCAAGCUGUUCUGGAGCCCCAUCGUCGAUGCAGUGUGGAGUACGCGUUUUGGGCGCCGCAAGAGUUGGAUCACCCCGGUCCAGGUGAUUGCGGGUCUCGCCAUGAUCUAUCUCGGAGGCCACAUCGAGGACAUGAUGGUCCAAGCCGGGGCUAAUGGGGGCGCCGGAGUCUGGAAAUUCACCUACUGGUGGUUCAUGCUGGUGUUGUUCUGCGCCACCCAAGAUAUUGCCGUGGAUGGAUGGGCGAUUACAUUGAUGUCUCCCCCCAACAUUUCCUAUGCCUCGACUGCCCAGACCGUCGGCCUGACUGCAGGCCAUUUCUUGUCGUACACAGUGUUCCUCGCAUUCAACUCGAAAGACUUUGCCAACCGAUGGUUCCGAUCGAUUCCCGGCGAGAGCGGCCUGUUGUCUCUGGGGACGUACCUGAGCUUCUGGGGCUGGGCGUACCUGAUUGUGACCUGUGGGCUGGCAUUCCUGAAAAAGGAAGAAAGCACCAAGGACCGCGACAGUAUCAUGGAUGUCUAUAAGAGCAUGUGGAGUGUUCUCAAGUUGAAGCACAUUCAAACCAUCAUUCUGAUUCACCUGAUUGCCAAGAUCGGCUUCCAGGCCAAUGAUGGAGUCACCAGCCUCAAACUCCUGGACAAGGGCUUCGGUCAGGAUAACAUGGCUCUGGUAGUGCUGAUUGAUUUCCCAUUCGAAAUCAUGCUGGGGUACUACGCGGGCCAGUGGUCCACCAACUACGGAGCCAUGCGUCUAUGGGGCUGGGCCUUCGUGGGACGCCUGGCAGCCGCCGUGCUCGCGCAGUUGACCGUGAUGAUCUACCCCAGUGCCCCGGAAGUGCCGAUGUGGUACAUGCUCACGGUGAUUGGUGAACACGUUCUGUCGACCUUCAUGAACACCGUCAUGUUUGUCGCCAUCUCGGCCUUCCACGCCCGCAUUGCUGAUCCGGCCAUCGGUGGGACCUACAUGACUCUGCUCGCCACGGUCUGCAACCUCGGUGGAACUUUCCCCCGUAUCUUCGUCCUCAAACUCGUCGACUUCUUCACCAGUGCAACCUGUCUCCCCCCAACCGUCGCCCCUCCUGCCGAUUCCCUCAAGGACACUCUGGUCACCACUGCCUUCUCGUGUGCCCUCGAGCCGGAGAAGAACCGCUGUGUCAACGGUGGUGGUACCUGCCAGGUUGACCGCGACGGUUACUACAUGACCAACAUGAUCUGUGUGCUCAUUGGCACACUCACUUUUAUAAUGUUUAUCAAGCCGGCCGCACAGAAGCUGCAAGCUCUGCCAUUGCGUGCGUGGCGAUUGAACCCUGGUCCCGGGCGGGAAUGA